GUCACCGGUCACCGACUGUCAGUCAGCCCGUUGUUAGAGCGAUAUGUUGCUGCUGCUGCGGGCACAGCGGCGUUAAAACGGCACUUUAUCUCAAACGGGACUUCAAUAUGUAUUAAGACGGCGUUACCACCAUCAUAAAUUAACAGUAUUAAGGUGUCAGCCUCCAUGCCAGGCUUCAUAUGUACAUUAUCCUGAAUGCUGGUCCAGGAGGUGAACAAUAAAUCAUGUUCUUGUGAGGAGAGAACAUAAAAGAUGCAGUCUUCAAACCACCGGCUGAGGGACCUGGAGCAGCACCACCCGCUGCUGUCGGCAGGAGCAGAUGUGGAGGCAGGGAGCCUGGCAGCGGGGGUGAUAGUCGGGGGUCCCAAUGCAGGCCACGCCGGGGGGGCCCGCACACUGUGGUUCAUCCAGGACAGCUGUGGGAUGGUGUGUGCCGGCAUCACCUGGUUCCUGGUGCUGUACGCUGAGUUUGUGGUGAACUUUGUCAUGUUGCUGCCCAGCAAGAACUUCUGGUACUCGCUGCUGAACGGGGCCACCUUCAACUCCCUGGCUGUGCUCGCUUUGGCCUCACACCUGCGCACCAUGUUGUCCGACCCGGUGCGCACCGUGGGCCUCAAUUCUAUCCCAACCCCGAUGGUCCCUAUUUGUAAAAGAUGUAUCCGGAAGAUGGAUCACCACUGUCCCUGGGUCAAUAACUGCGUGGGAGAAAAGAAUCAGAGGUUCUUUGUACUUUUCACUAUGUACAUAUCAUUGAUUUCUGCCCAUGCCCUGGGGCUCAGUGGUAUGCACUUCUUCACCUGUAUUAAAGUCCAGUGGAACGGUAAGCUGCCUCUUUGUGUCGACGUUGACAUGUGUUUUAGUCAGAAUGACAAGCGCAGGAUGUCACAGAGAUGA